UGGAGGGAGGUGGUGCUGGUGCGGCCCCGGAGCGAUGCUGACGUGGCUGCCGCCCGCUCCCGCCAUAUCCUAAAUCCUUCCUUUCGGACGAUUGUAGUUGCCCAGUGAUUGUUUCUUCGAUUGAAAAAAAAAUUAAUUCUUACGUAGCGUAUGGAAUGUUGAUUGUUUAUUAUAGCGAAACUUGGACGGAAAUUCUGGGGUGUUUUUUUUACCCAAGUGAACCUAAAAAGUGAAUAAUAUGUGAUAAGAGUUAAUGCAGACGUUAACAUAUAUGUAUAAGAAGCUGUACGACGAAAAUCAGUUCAGUUCAUAUAGAGAAACACGCUCUUAUCAUCACCACCGAGCUUACAGGGCAUGAAAGUUAUAUAGUGUUGUUAAGGGAGCCUACCAUGCUCCCAGAGGCUCCAGAAAUAUCUAUAUCGUUUGCUUACGGAUAAAGAUAGGUAAUUUAAGCCCAAAUUAAACACCGCACGUUCCUAGAUAACUCAGUCCAAAUUUGAAUAAUUGUCCGAAUAAGCUGAUUAUGAAAAAGGAAUUACAAUAUAUAUAUUGACUCUCCACAACUACAUUCGAACAUUGGAAAUAUAGACGAAACUUAAGAGGUAAUUAUCAGUCGACCGAAGAGAGGCCGAGGUUAGUGAGCGGACCACAAGACCUCAAGAGAAAAACAAGAUGCGUCUUUUGCCAAACUGGUGCCUUAAGAAUUCCUCAGUAACUCCUACUGACACCUGUGGAGGUGGAGGAGGAGGAGGAGGAGGAGGAGGAACAGGAGGCGGAGGAGGAGUCUUCCUAGGCAACAGUCCACGACUGGAGGCGCUGACCAACUUCACCACCUCCAAGAGUACAAGGACUCACCUGACGAACGUGUUGGUGACGGCCGUGGGCGUGGCUGUGGUGGGCGUGGGGGCUUUCCUCUCUCGUGACUACGUGAGGCGUGUGCUGCUGUGGGUGGCGGUGCAGGAGGCGUGGGUGGUGGUGCUAGUCUUCCUUGCACUCUUCAGCCUCGUGUCCCUGCCGUUCAUGUGGGGAUACAUAGUGGUGAACGUGUCGGCGGGGUACAUGUUCGGUACGUGGCGAGGUCUGGCUGUCACCGUUUCCACGGCCACCGCCGGCGUCUGUCUCGCCCACCUCCUCAUACGGCUCUGUCUCAGAGAGGUGGUGCGACGAAGGGUAGUGACGUCACGGCUGCUGAGGGCGCUGCUGGCGGUCUUAGGUGGUCCUCAAGCCUUCAAGGUCGUCCUCGUCACCCGCCUCACGCCCAUCCCCUUCGGCCUCCAGAACGCUGUCUUCGCCGUAUCGCACGUGCCCACGUGGCUGUACCUGCUGGCCACGGUGCUGGGUCUCCUGCCCACCCAGGUGCUCAACUGCUACCUGGGCACCACCGUCAGGAGCCUUGACGACGUGGUCUCCCAGUCAGCCUCCGUCAGCGCCACCGGCUGGGGCGUCUUCGCCGUUCAGAUCGUGAUCAGCAUCGGGCUGACCGUAUGGGUGGUGAGGCGCGCCAAAGCUGAGCUCCACAAGACCAUGGCGUCCCAGUUGUCGGACACCCAGCCUACCUUAGCUUCCCCCACCCAUAGUUGCACGCCCACCACCACCUCCCCCACCCGCAGCUGCACGCCCACCACCACCUUCCCCACCCGCAGCUGCACGCCCACCACCACUACCUCCCCGACCCGCAACUACACGCCUACAAACAUCCCAAAUGGGUCCUCUAACGGGCGCCCCGAUUUCUUGAUGGAGAUGCCCCGGCCUCACUCAACGAAACUUGAAGGAACUCUGUCGACGACAUCUUCAUCCUUAUUGACAGUCCUACGUGACGUGGCCUCAGGGAGGAACCCCCGUCUGCCUCCCACCUUCAGGAAGCCCCGUCCACCACCACCACCUCUCUCAAGGAAUCUCCGUCAACAAGCCUCCUUGAGGAACCCCCGUCCGACGCCAUCCUUGAAGACCAGGUGGCGCUCCAAGCGUAACCAAGUAGCGGCCGGAGGCGAGCACAGGAAACACUCCAAGUGGGCUUCAACUGGCGCCGGACAGGUCAAGAAGGGCUUGCAGGGAGACGAGAGCGACUCACGCAAGAUAUUUGUUAUCUCUGUCAUUCGGGAGAUCGCGGCUAGACCGCUUCUGGCCGAAUCUUCCACACAAGAAACGGCACACACCACAGAACACCUCAUAUUUACAACACACGGGGCUAAUUCUACCACAGAAGGGCUUCUGUCCUCAAUAAAAACUUUACAUCAUGCCUCAAAUCAACUGGGAACUGAGCCCGUACGGGUGCUACCAUCACAGAGCUUUCUACAACAGGCCACAUCCACAGCAUCAAAAAACACAGAUCAAACUUCAGGUAAAAUCACGCAAAUAAAUACACAUAAAACAUUAAACAGUGAGGAAUAUUCUACCGUUGCUCGGAGCUGCGCAGCUCACAAGGGAAUUGUUGGGGUCACCACAGAGUGCGCCUCCCAGGUCAAGCCCACCUCAACACACACCGUACCUGCGGCAUCCAAUGGUUCCAUUACAGUGCCUGAAAUAUACAGGUCACAAUUUUCUCCCACUAACGCGACUGCCAUACUCCCUACCACUCUCACCUCACCCAUGAAGAGUACACCACCUAAUACACUCACCUCACCCAUGAAGCACUCACCGUCUACCACACUCACCUCACCCAUGAAGAGUACACCACCUAAUACACUCAUCUCAUCCAUGAAGCACUCACCAUUUACCACUCUCACCUCACCCAUGAAGCACUCACCACCUACACCCACUUCACCCAUGAAGAGUACACCUCCUAUCACACCCACCUCACCUAUGAAACACUUAACACCUACCACUCGCAUGUCACCCAUUAAUCACACACCACCUAACAUAGCUACCUUACCCACGAAUAAAACUCCACCUAAUACACCCACGAAGCACACACCACCUAUCACACCCACCUCAUGCAUGGCGAACUUAUUACCCACCACCAUCAUCUCACACAUGAAGCAUUCACCACCUACCACACCCACCUCAUCAGCGCACACUAUACUCACCCCGUCAAACACUAUCACUUCACUAUCAAGCAUAUUCGCACCCCACACUAUACCCACGCUUCUAAACCCAAUCAUUUCACCGUCGACUGACACAUCACCAAACUCUCUACUCACAACACCGAGGAAGGUAUCAGCUACCGAGACUCCACCACACACACUACCCACGCUACCGUACGUCGUCCUUUGUCCCUCAACCACACGUGAUGUGCGGUUGCAGACACCUACACCUGCUACAUAUGACCCGGCGCCAGCUGCCCCGCCAACCACCAAAUUAUCCAUAUCAACUAUCAGACCAUACACACCAACCGCCAAUGCCCUUACACCAAUCACCAGACCUCCUACGCCAACCACCAGGCCCCCUACACCCUCCACCAGGCCCCCUACACCCUCCACCAGGCCCCCUACACCCUCCACCAGGCCCUCUACACCCUCCACCAGACCCCCUACACCUUCCACCAGACCCCCUACACCCUCCACCAGGCCCUCUACACCUUCCACCAGACCCCCUACACCUUCCACCAGACCCCCUACACCUUCCACCAGACCCCCUACACCCUCCACCAAACCCCCUACACCCUCCACCAAACCAUUCAUACCAAGCACUUCACCUUCGUGACAAACACCAAAGACUAUCUUCCAAUCCGCGAGACCCAGGAGGUGUUCUAUACACUCUCUGGUAGCAGCCUGGCAGCCUCUGUGUGAGUUGUAAACAAUAUUCUACGCUCGCCUGGCUGUUCCUCGCGCCCCAAGUCUCCAGAUCAGAUCAACAACUUUGCAGACUCUGUGUGUACCAACUUGGAGUCCGCUUGAGAGAACUCUCAGUGUUCUUAGGCUACUUGGAAAGUAACAGGUGAUAACAGUAGUUAUUUUGUGAUAAAUAAAGGUAGCAAUGCAAAGAAUAUUUGAUAUAUGGGUGAACUUUCCUCUUCGCUGUGAAAAUAAUUGAUUCUAUUUGCCAAAUAGCCAGAGAACUUGUUUGUUAUGGUUAAUGGUCAAAAAAUAAAAUGUCUUCAGAUUCUUUGGCCAAAGUAAAAUUCUCAGCUCAGCUCUAUUGAUCAUUUUGGCUAAAUUAAUCAAGGAACUUUAUAAGAAAAUAUAUCCUUUUUUUAUAAUGACCUA